CACCCGAGCUUUCGGAGCUUGAACCCUCCUUCCCUCCCAUCCUAUCGUACGGCUUCGAGCUUACGUGUAAACUAGGUGGUACACGUACAUAUUACAAACUAUCCAACUUUGCGACAAGAAGCACGCGUCUGUAUUUGUAUUACUUAAAUGCAGUUUCGUACUCCGAAAUAUUUCCUGUCUCUGAGUUCAGUGUGGGAAUACUUACCAAGUGCAACGGCCAACUACAAACAGCGUGUAAUGGCGCUAACGUGCUGGGAGAAGAUAGCGGUGGUGGUGAUAGCGGCUGUGGGUCUGCGGCUGGCCGUGCGGCUGAGCUUGACCCUCUGGAGGAAGCUGCUGGCGCCGAGCUUGGGUCUAGGCAUCGAUCUGGCAACCCAGGGUAGGUGGGCCCUCGUCACCGGGGCGACGGACGGACUCGGCAAGGCUUUUGCCCAGGCCCUGGCCAAACGGGGCCUCGACGUCGUUCUCGUCUCCAGGUCGCUGCAGAAACUCGAGGACACUGCCUCCGAGAUCAAGCAAAAGUACGGGGUCGAGACUCGCGUCGUCGAGGCCGAUCUCACCGAGGGCCAGGCCGUGUACAACAGAAUCGGCAAAGCCAUCGAGGAGCUCGAGGUUGGAGUGCUGGUGAACAACGCGGGGACGAGCUACGACCACCCGGAGCUUUUUACGCACGUGAGCGAGGAGACGAUAGCCCGGAUCCUCCAGUUGAACGUCGCCGGAGUCACGGGAGUGGCGCGCCAGGUGCUGCCCGGUAUGAUGGAACGGCGCAAGGGGGUCGUGAUAAACAUCGGCUCGGCGGCUGGAGCCAUGCCUAGCCCCUACCUCGCCGUCUACUCGGCGAGCAAGAUGUUUGUCGACAAGCUCAGUGCCGAUCUCGCGGCCGAGGCCAAGCCCCGGGGCGUCACCGUCCAGUGCGUCCUUCCCGGGCCCGUGGCCACCAAGAUGUCCAAGAUCAAGAAAGCCACGUGGAUGGCGCCGACGCCCGAGCGUUUCGUCGAGGCCUCCCUGAGGACGGUCGGCAUCGAGCAGCGCACGACGGGCUACCCGCCCCACUGUCUGAUCCUUGGCUUCGUCGACGGGCUGCGCUGCGUCUGCGAGCGGGGCGCUGUUUGGCUGGUCGCCCGGACGAUGCUCAACAUUAGGGGCCGGGCGCUGCGCAAGAAGGCCAAGGACGCCGAGUCGGAGGAUCUGCAGGCUCAGCCGCUCCACGAGCCCGAGGCGCACAGCUCGGAGGAGCGAUGAGUCCCGCUUCUCGAGUACAUUAUACCGAUCCGUGAUCGCUACCGAUGCUUUCGAGACUCCAUUCUCGCGUGUUGAUUAUCCUACGCCGCUGCGUGUAUUUUUUAAGAUAAUGGGCAGAAUUUUCAUUUUUUUUUCCAAUCGAUUGGAAGUCGCUUUGUAGAGGUGGUGUGCGACGGUACGUUGUGAGCACUGUUGUUUUUUUGUAUUAUAUAAAUGUUAAAGCCACACUUCGCCGAUGCAUCACGUCGAUGGAGCGUAAAUUGCGAUCAGUUUUUUUUUUCUUUGUAAAAAACGCGCGCAUUAAAAUUCGGAAUUUUAAAAUCGAUUGGCUCGACCGCAUCUCUGUUAUUCAGUCUAUCGCAGUGGCAUUCGUAAUGAAUUUUUUCUUUUGUUCCUCGGUAGCUUGGAAAAAAAAAAAAAAAAAAA